UGUUAUCACUUGAAAUUGUUGUGUACUUGGUCAAUACUAAGAGUUUGUUCGCAUCGGAUGAAAAUUGAAAUCACUGACAUCAUAAUGAUUCGUUGGGCCGCUCUGCUUUUUCUGAUCUUUGUGCCCAACUUGUCAGAGGGUGCAACUCCUUUGGAAGUGGCGCAAAAAGUUGUGCCUAAGAUCUUUGAGGCUUUCGGGAACUUCACGUACUUGAAUUUUGGCUCUUGGUCGUAUGAGGGAGGCCAUAUCCUCCGAGGCCUCUGGCAAUUGGAAUCCCUUUUUGCGAGUGACCUUCAAUUGGAGGCUCGUUUGCAUGAGCACCUUAAUCAUUUCCAGAAUGAUGAGGGUCAGUUGGGCUACAUGAUCUUGCACAACGUAUCCUUGGACUUCAAUGGCACAUCAAAUCUGUUCCCUUGGCUCACAUCGAUCGGCGAUGUGAUUGGGCUAUUUCCGAUUGCUUAUGCCGACCGACUGCUUUUGGCACAAGACGAAAGCUCUUACUCGACUCAAAACGACAUGUUCUUGAUCCAAGAAGUGGUAGAUAAGUACAUCUACGGCUACCCAUAUCACUUGGAGGACGGGACGAUAAGUCGGCCAAUAUCCUGGUUCGACGAAGGUUUCCUUGAACUUCACGGCAAGGCUUUGUGGGUGGAUGAUAUGAGUAUGGGAACAUCUCUGGCCACCUCUUUGAGUUUGCUGACUGGAAAUGUGUCUUAUGUCUUGACCUCGGUCCAACAGUUGCUCCAAUUCCACGACUAUUUGUUUGAUGUGGAGGAAAAUCUUUAUUUUCACGGCUACAACGAUUACUCUGAUCACUUGUCAUGUUGUAAAUGGGCUAGAGGAAAUGGAUGGGCGUUUCUAUCCAAAAUGGAAACCCUUCAAGCCAUGGAAGACCUGGGUCUAAUCGAUAACCCUUGGUAUCCUCUCCUCCUUAACGCCUUCCAAGUGCACGCCCAAGGCCUGCUCAGUCGAGUCAACCCUUUGAAUGGCCUAUGGCCAAACGUCCUCACCAACUACGACACAUUUACUGAGACCUCAGCCUCGGCCAUGUUCUUAAGCGGUAUGGUCACCGGUCUGGAACGAGGUUGGUUGGACCACAGCUCGGAAUUCGGCGAACAAAUUGAACUGGCAUGGUCUAGCUUGGCCGACCACCGAAUCGCCGACGACGGCUCGGUGCUCGAAAUCAUUGGUGGGACGGGGAUCAAGAACAAUGAGGACGGCUACGCUCCAUCCAAUACGAAUUACAAUCGAGCUGCUCCGGGUGUGGGUGGAUUUCUCCGAGCCAUAAGUGCCAUGGAAAGAUAUUACCGAUUUAAAAAAAAUCGACGGUUAGUUGUAACCGGAUCUUAAAUACAUUGAUUCCUAUCGACCAGCUGAUAAAGUUGUUCUCAUAUUUCUAUUUCUCACUCUCACAUCGCUACAUUCCAUCCCUUUAACCAUCACCUGCUUAAACGGUGACGAACACUUGUUCAGACUACGGAUACAAUUGUGAAAAGCAAGGCACAAAGGCAUUUCAAAUUAAAAGAGAACAUCAAUCAGACCGAAUGAAGGUUGGGCCGAAAUGAGCCUUUCGAAGUGGAAAUCCCUGUUGAUCAGCUCGUAGUUCUGGAUUGAGGUGCUCGAGCAUCUCCUUAGGCAAUAUCAAUGCAGUGUCAGGGGAUCCCAGGAGCUUUGCGGAUGUCCUGUCUCACCGAUUAUUCUCACGUGAUCCACGUGAGUGUUCCCUCGCGAAUCACACUCCGGGAACAAUACGAAUCCGUUGAGCGAAUCCUCAACAUUUACUCCUAUUGCCAUGAACGCGGCAUCAACUACUCGGACUACAAACAACUCCGUAACCAAAUCAAGUGGAAAUUCGUGCAACGAGCCUUCUGUAAUGGAGAUCCGCCGUCUUCUACUUCCGUCAAGAUAUCCUGAAAUGCCCAUCGCGACGACGAAUAAUUACGGGAGCGAACGGUUAUUAGAAUGACGCUGACGGGGGACGGCUCAUUUUCAGCAGAAAUUGAUGAUGGUUGGGUACUUUGGGCACCAUGUUCAGAAUUCUCUCAACCUCGUAUCUAGCGUCGCUAGAAUGAAGCUCAAGCCACCAUAUCCUUGGCCAAAUUGCAAUUGUUCUGGCCGAUUUGAGUGCGAUCCUGUUCAUCGAAUGUGAUGAAACUGAGUAUGGCUAUCCUAUUCUAUUUGUUCCUGUUUGAUUUCAGAGUGGUUACAAGAUUUUUUAAGAAACAUGGA